CUGACAUCAUUCAGUCGCUCUCAGCCAGAGGGAUCUUCAGGUUGACAGUCCGCAGUCAUGAAGCAGAAUGUGUUUCUCCUCCUGCUGAUCCCAGGACUCUGCACACUCUGUUCCUGCCUCUCUCGUCAGUAUCACUUUGUGAACGUAAUGAUGACCUGGGCUGAAGCACAGAGUUACUGCAGACAGAACUACACUGACCUGGCCACCAUAGACAGCACAGAGGAAGUGAAGGCUCUGGUGGAAGUUACAGACAGUGAAUAUAACAGUGCCUGGAUUGGCCUGCAGAGGGCAGAGUCAGCCAGCUGGCGGUGGUCUCUGGAAGAUACAAGUUUUUACAGUGAGGGCGGGGCUGGGUUUAGGAACUGGGAAAAUGAAGAACCAAAUGAUCCUUCCAAACCAUGUGCAGCAAUGAAGAAUAAUAAUGGGAAAUGGAAAGAUGUUCAAUGUCAGGAGAACAAGAGCUUCGUCUGCUACGAUGGUGGAAGCCUCACUCAUAAAUACUUCCUGAUUGAGCAGCAGAGGAAUUGGAGCGAGGCACAGGUCUACUGCAGAGAGAGACACACAGACCUGGUCAGUGUGAGGAACCAGGCAGAGAACCAGGAGGUACAGAGGAUGACACACAGUCCGCAGCAGGAUGUGUGGAUCGGCCUGUUCAGAGACCCCUGGAAGUGGUCAGACCAGAGCAAAUCUACACUGCGCUUCUGGAACGACGUACAACCAGACAAUGCAGAGGGAGACGAGAACUGUGUUGUAAUGUGGAAACAACAUUCAGGAAGAUGGGGUGAUGUGAAGUGCGAUAAAAGAUUCCCUUUCUUCUGCUAUGAUGAUGAACUGAUCCUGGUGCCUGAGAAUAAGAGCUGGAAUGAAGCCCUGAGCUACUGCAGACAGCACUAUGUAGACCUGGUCUCCGUGUCCACAGAGCAGCUCCAGCACUGGGUGGAGAGGAGGGCUCAGGCGGCCUCCACACCCUACGUGUGGCUGGGCCUGCGCUACACCUGCGUCCUGCACUUCUGGUUCUGGGUCAGCGGGGAGGGCGUCUGCUACCAGAACUGGGCCCCGGGGAACAGUACCGGGGAGUGUAGGCACACAGGGGCAAUAGAAUUUGGAGGGGGGCAUCAGUGGGUCAGUCUGCCCGAAACUGAGGAGCUCAACUUCAUCUGCAGCAAAAAGCACUGGGGUGAGUCUGGGACAACUGCACCCUAA